UGUGCAGUCAGUGUGUUGUGUGUGUUACAUCGUCGCCCGUGGAUACCUGGAUACACCGGAUAUGAGGAUCUUUGUUGGAGCGCUCGCGGUUCUCGCCGCGACCGCAGCCGUCGCCGACGCUGGAGGCCACGGCUGGGAGCCCCACGGCCAUGUGCACGAGGUUGUAAAGUACGUGCACAAAAUCGUGCCCGUGCCUAAGCCCGUGCCUGUGCCAAAGCCUUACCCGGUUCACAAGUUUGUGCCUGUACCGCACGUCAUUCACGUGCCGAAACACGUACCGGUCCCUGUGAAGGUCCCCGUUGUGAAGAAGAUCCCCAAGAUUGUGCACGUCCCGAAGUACGUCCCCGUUCCUAAGCCGUUCCCCGUUCCCCAUCAUGUGCCCGUCCCGGUGCCAGUGCCCGUCUACAAACAUGUGCCCGUGCCGGUCUAUAAGCACGUGCCUGUCCCCGUCAUCAAGCACGUCCCCGUGCCGGUCAAAGUGCCGAAGUACAUCCCUGUGCCCGUGCAUAAGAUCAUCAAGGUGCCCAAGCCAAUCUCUGUUCCUGUCAAAGUUCCCGUGUUCAAGGAGGUCAUCGUCAAGAAGCCCGUCGAAGUCGGAGUUCCCGUCUACAUCAAGAAGAAGAAAGUCGAGCACGGCUGGUGAACAGUCAAUUGAG